CCAAGCCCAACUGCCACUUCGAAUCGAGAACCUAGAUAGCAUGUGGAUGGGACUGGAGGAAGUACAGACGCAGUUAGAGGAGUGUGAAACCACCGAUGAAGGCACUACUAGAUUGCCCCCGCAUGAUGAGAGAAUCUGCAGAAGCCUUGCAUAGUCUAGUUGAUGAAUUCCAACGCCAUACCAAAAUUCUUCGUCAACUUGGAGAGCCCGUCGACCAAUGGAGCACGAUGCUCGAACACUUGCUUUGCAUUCGCCUUGACGAUGGGACCCUCAAGGCAUGGGAAGAUUUCGCUACCACCGUCGAUGAACCAAAUUACGCUCGCCUCGUCGAUUUUCUACAACGUAGAAUUAGAGUUCUUGAGUCGAUGUCCGUCAACCACCAGUCGCACAAUUCGCCAAUGCCAGUAAGCCAUUUCCCCUCCAAUCGCAGACCCUUUUUCCCAAGAGUUGCCUCCCACACUGUCGCUGAAGAACAACAGCCUAAAUGCUAUGCCUGUAGCCAGUAUCAUUUUCUCGUCAAAUGCCCUCGAUUUGAGAGAAUGAACGUUGCAGACCGUAUGAAACUGAUCGAUACUAACCGCCUUUGCGCGAAUUGUUUCCGCCACGAUCACUUUGCUCGAAACUGCCAGUCCAAAUACUCCUGUCGACACUGCCAAAGAAGACAUCAUACCAUGCUGCACAAUGUCAACAGCUUCAAUGAAUCAUCCUUCCAACCACCUGCACAACGCCCCUCCAAUCAAGCUGAUCAUCAAGCCAGACCGUCAUCGAAUCAAAACAAUACUCCAUUCACAACGACUACCUACACAUGCGCAAAUUCCUCUUCUCAAAGUAGCAACACAUCACCGUCAUCAAACUCAAAUGUGCUACUUUCCACCGUCGUGCUGCUAGUCGUCGAUUCAAAUGGAUCCACUCACCCUGCACGCGCCUUGCUAGAUAGCGGCUCUCAAUCCAACAUAAUGAGCGAGAGAUUGUGUCAGCUACUGAAGCUAAGACGACGAGCAGUGAAUAUUCCUGUUCAUGGUGUGGGUGAAUCAGCUUCUAAUGUAAGGCAUAGCGUGCACUCGAUCAUUAAAUCCAGAAAGAACGAUUUUGCAAUGGAUUUGGAUUUUUUGGUUCUCCCAAGAGUCACUAUUGACCUCCCCGCCGUCACAUUCUCGGCUCAGAAUUGGCGCAUACCACAAGAUUUAUUCUUGGCCGAUCCCAGCUUCAAUAAAUCUGGAGCAAUUGACUUGCUACUAGGUGCGGAACAUUUCUAUUCCUUUGUCAACCCUGGUACGAGAAUUGAGCAAGAUCAGCAGCAUUUGCUUAUCGAAAGUGUUUUUGGAUGGAUCGUCGUUGGUAGAAACCAAAUUUCACCCGUAGCUGAGCCCGUUUCCUGUCACGUGUCAGUAUCAGAUCCCCUCCAUAAUGCAAUUGAGCGCUUCUGGAAAAUGGAAGAGAUCAAUAACAAGCCAAACUAUUCCGUCGAAGAGCAGCAAUGCGAGACGCACUUCGUUGAAAAUGUUACCCGAAAUACUGAAGGAAGAUACAUGGUCCGUUUUCCACGCCAUCCCGAUUUCGAUCACAUGCUGGGUGAUACGAAAGCUGUUGCCAUGCGCCAAUACCUUUCUCUGGAGAAUCGCUUAGAGCGCGAUCCGAACCUGAAGCAGGAAUACCAAAACUUUCUCGACGAGUAUCUAUCGUUAGGCCACCUUCGAAUUGUUUCUGCGAAUGAACCCGAGCCGCCACAGGUCUCCUACAUUCCACACCAUCCCGUCGUGAAGGAGUCAAGCACCACCACAAAAGUCCGUGUGGUAUUCAACGGAUCGGUACACUCCACUACCGGAUUUUCCCUGAACGAUACCCUAAAAGUUGGUCCAGUAGUGCAAGACGAAUUACUCACCCUAAUUAUUCGUUUUCGCAAGUACCCUGUUGCACUCGUCGCUGACAUCGAGAAAAUUUACCGUCAAGUACUGGUCGACCCAAGAGACACCCCUCUGCAAAGAAUAUUUUGGCGUUUUCAACCCGAUGGCCCCAUUGAAACGUGCGAAUUGUUAACCGUAACGUACGGUUUGGCGUCUUCGUCUUUUCUUGCCACUCGCACCCUAAACCAAUUGUGUCAAGAUGAAGGAGACAACUUUCCGCUCGGAGGACCAGCCCUGAUCAAAAAUUUCUAUGUCGACGACUAUAUAGGUGGUGCCCAAUCCAUCGGCGAAGCAAUCAAUACCAGGACUGAAUUGAAUGAGCUGCUUGUGAAAGGCGGUUUUCAGCUCCGCAAAUGGGCAUCCAACGUUCCGCGGGCACUAGAAGGUCUAGAUCCAUCCCAAAUUGAAUCUAAAGCGUUCCUGAAUCUCGAUACAGAAAAAGCAAUCAAAACUCUAGGCGUUAGAUGGGAACCCAAACCAGAUAAAUUAAGCUUUGAAAUCGCUUCCAUCGAUCCUACUAGCGCUCCAACAAAAAGGACGAUUCUAUCUGGUGUAUCCAAGCAUUUCGACCCGCUUGGUAUUACUUCUCCAGUCGUCAUUCGUGCGAAAAUACUCCUGCAAGAGCUGUGGCUGCAACCGUGUGGGUGGGAUGACGAAAUUCCUGAUCCGGUCAACGAGAAGUGGACAUCCUACUGUUCCGAUCUGGCAAAGCUAUCCUCCUAUGCAGUUGACCGAUAUGUUUUUCUUCCAAACUCUACCUACGAGCUUCACACGUUCGCUGAUGCGUCUGAGCAAGCAUACGGCGCUUGCACCUUUGCCAGGUCGAUUUCCUCCAAAGGCCAGAUCCGUGUUCAUCUGAUAGCUGCAAAAUCCAGAGUCGCUCCCCUCAAACGUCUAUCGAUACCAAGGUUGGAAUUAUCAGCUGCCGUACUCGCCGCCAGAUUGCACGCAAAAAUCCUCGAAGCUCUCGAUAUGGCCAUAUCGGCAUCCUACUUUUGGUCCGAUUCAUCAGUUACCCUUGAGUGGUUACGUUCUCCUCCGCAUGUUUGGAAAACCUUCAUCGCCAACCGAGUAUCUGAGAUCCAAACCACCACCCACGGAUCGCAGUGGAACCACGUCGCAGGAACCUAUAAUCCAGCUGACCUGAUAACGAGAGGAAUGAAAGUAGAUGAAUUUCUGAGCAGUGAUCUUUGGCAACACGGUCCAUUUUGGCUUAGUCUGCAUAGGGAAAACUGGCCAACAACAACCAAUGCGAACAACCAUUCCGAUGAAGUUUUGGAGCGACGCGUCAUGGUGGCGGCCGUUCAAAAUCGGCCAACCGUAAACGACAUUUUCUUGCGAACCACAUCCUACCAACGACUGCUCCGUAUAACGGCCUACUGCCUACGGUUUAUCAAUGCCUGCCGUCAACGAGAAUCAUCCGAUCGACCAGAAGGAAGCACCGUACUCACCGUAGAGGAAUUGUCCAUGUCUCGCAAGAAGCUGGUGAAAUUGGCCCAAGCCGAUUCGUUUGGUGAAGAGAUUAGGGAAUUGGCAACACAACAAACAGGACAACUACCGCAGCGAAGAAUAACACCAAGCAAGCCUUUCACCGUCACCGGCGUUGAUUACGCUGGCCCAGUGUACCUUAAACCAGCACAUAAGCGAGCAUCCGCUAUCAAAGCAUACAUUUGUGUUUUCGUGUGCUUUGCAACAAAAGCAGUUCACAUCGAACUGGUUAGCAGCCUUUCUACCGCUGCCUUCAUAGCAGCAUUGCGACGAUUCGUUUCUCGCCGUGGUCGACCGACUCAUAUGUACUCCGACAACGGCAAGAAUUUCGAGGGAGCACGCAACGAAUUAAGGGAGCUGCACCAAUUACUUCAGCGUGAGAGACAAUCAGGAGAAAUUGCUACCAUUUGCGCGACCGACGGAAUCAAAUGGCACAUGAUACCACCGAAAGCACCACACUUCGGCGGCCUAUGGGAGGCGGCUGUUAAAACGGCAAAGAAGCACCUGCGCAAACAACUCGGCAACAUCGCACUAUCCUUCGAGGACAUGAGCACUAUUCUGGCGCAGAUUGAGGCCUGCAUGAACUCGAGGCCUCUUACACCGAUGACUGAAAUUCCGGACGAUUUGGCGAUUCUAACACCCUCGCAUUUUCUUAUCGCAUCUUCCCUUUUCGCUUUGCCAGAAACUGACGUCACAAUGAUUCCGCUAAAUCGUCUUGACCACUACCAGAAGCUUCAGGAACGAGUCCAAAAGUUCUGGUAUCUUUGGCGCACUGACUAUCUCCAUGAAUUGCAGAAAGAAGCAAAACAAUCAACUCCAAUUACCGCCUACCAGCCUGGGAGAAUGGUAAUAUUGGUAGAUGAGUCUCUACCACCUGUAAGAUGGCCGCUAGCAAGAAUAACUGCAACACACCCUGGAAGCGACGGAUUAAUCCGCGUCGUGACACUCCGGACCAGCAAAGGAAUCAUUCGAAGACCUAUCACCAAGAUAUGCCUGCUACCGUACGAUGAUGCUGCACCUAAAAAUGAAGAUAAUUAG